CCCGCCCCCGCCGCCGCGCCUGGCCCCGCCCCGUCCUGCCUGCCGGUCCCUCGGCCUGCGCGGUCCAGCGCCGCCUGCGCCCCGGAGCCUGGCUCCGCCCGCGCCGAGAAAUGAAGCCGUUUUGACAAGAUGUAGUGCCAGAGCGCGCCCAUGGGCCCCGUGCAGACAUGGCGUCCGAACUGUGCAAGGCCAUCUCCGUGGCCCGGCUGGAGAGGCACAAGAACCUGUUCCUGAACUACCGGAACCUGGAACAGUUCCCUCGGGAGCUGCUGAGGGGGGAGGGGCUGCAGCACCUGCAGCGGCUCUACAUGAAGCGCAACUCCCUCACCACCUUGCCAGAAAACCUUGCCCAGAAGCUCCCAAACCUUGUGGAACUGUACCUUCACUCAAAUAACAUUGUUGUCAUUCCAGAAGCCAUAGGGUCCCUGGUCAAACUCCAGUGUUUGGAUCUCAGCGACAAUGCCUUAGAAAUUGUCUGCCCAGAAAUCGGUCACCUGAGGGCUUUACGGCACCUUCGCUUAGCCAACAACCAGCUGCGGUUCCUGCCUCCAGAGGUUGGUGAGCUGAAGGAGCUGCAGACGCUCGACCUUUCUGCCAACCGUUUGCUAGCUUUGCCCGAACGGCUCCACCUCUGCCUCUCUCUGCAGUGCCUCACUGCCGACCGCAACCGGCUCCGGUGCGUGCCUCGCCGGCUCUGCCAGCUGCCCAGCCUCAGCGAGCUCUCCAUGGCGGGAAACCGCCUCGCCUUCCUGCCGCUCGAUCUCGGUCGCUCUCGGGAACUACAGUAUGUGUUCGUGGAUAACAACGCCCACCUGCAAGGCCUGCCCUCCUACCUGUACAACAAGGUCGUCGGGUGCAGCGGCUGCGGGGCCCCGUUCCAGGUGUCCGAGGCGAAGCUCCUGGCCUUCUCGUCAGGACCGCUCACCGUGUUCCUGCCCGCCGAGGUGAAGGCCGUGGGCACUGAGCAGGACACCGUCCUCCCGCUGCAGGAGCUGGUCAUGCGGACACUUCACCGUGCCUGCUCCCGCGCCCCCAAAGAUCUGGACGGUCUGUCCCCGGUCUCCUUACCCAGAAGCCUCCUGGAGCUGCUGCGCUGCCCACUGGGCCACUGCCACCGCUGCGGGGAACCCAUGUUCACCAUCGUCUACCCCAAGCUCUUUCCCUUAAGAGAGACGCCCAUGGCGGGCCUGCACCAGGGGAGGACAGCCGUGAGCUUCGUGGCGUGCUGCUGUUCUGCCGGCUGCCUGCAGACUUUUGACCUGCUCAGCUGACCACGUCCCACGGUGACCGCACAGUGCCGACUGUGCUAUGGCGCCCGCAGUCCAUCAUCUUGUGGGUGCCACUGAGGCAGGCUAAUGGGUACUGACCUGCCCAGCAGGCCGACACACCGCUGCAUCAGGAAAGGUCACCAAGGCGGGUCUUCGCCGCUUCACCCCACCCCCAACGUGUUGGAAUA